UGAAUGAGAAUUCAGUCCUUUGAGGUUCGUAUUCUAGAGUAGAACGUUUCGUUGGUCUUUACCGGUAUUUCGCGACUAAAGCAGCUGCAUCAGUUUCAGUUUUUUGUGAUAGUGGUAAAGGUGUAAUUUAAGCUUCGAGUCGCAAUACCUCAGACGCCACGCCGCAACGUUGCCAGCUCUCCAGUCACCGACGACAGCACAACGAGGCGACAUCGAUCGUAAGCAGUCACGUGACAGAGCAGAGGUUAUAAAUACGAUCGCUGCCUCCGCCUCUGCCUCUUUUCCACAGUAACUAAGACGAACGUACAACUAGUGUUUAGUGCUCGAAACCGAGGUUCAGAAUGCCAGAAACGACAGUAACAAAUGGCUUCGCGAACGGCCAUUCCGGCUACGAGACGGCUGACGGACAAGAGUUUCUAUUCACCUCAGAAUCUGUGGGAGAGGGACAUCCAGACAAAAUGUGCGACCAAAUCAGUGACGCCAUAUUAGAUGCACACUUGCAACAAGAUCCAUAUGCUAAAGUAGCCUGCGAAACAGUAACCAAGACCGGGAUGAUCCUGGUAUGCGGAGAAAUUUCCUCCAAAGCAGUCGUAGACUACCAGAAAGUAGUCAGAGACACAGUCAAACAUAUCGGUUACGAUGAUUCCUCCAAAGGCUUUGACUGGCGAACCUUGAACCUCCUGGUGGCCAUAGAACAGCAAUCGCCCAAUAUAGCCGACGGAGUUCACUCGGACAGAGAAGAACCAGAUAUCGGGGCAGGGGAUCAGGGGUUGAUGUUCGGAUAUGCUACAGAUGAAACCGAAGAAUCCAUGCCAUUGACAGUGGUUCUGGCUCAUAGACUAAAUCACAAGAUCGCAGAUUUAAGAAGGUCAGGCGAAUUUUGGUGGGCCAGACCAGAUACCAAGACACAGGUCACUGCUGAGUAUGUUUUCGAACAAGGUGCCUGCAUUCCAAAAAGAGUUCACACAGUAGUAGUUUCCGUACAGCACAGCGAGAAGAUCUCUCUGGAAGAUUUGAGAAACGCUGUAACUGAACAAGUAAUCAAAGAAGUGAUUCCCAGCAAAUAUCUAGAUGAUAAGACUGUCAUCCACAUCAACCCUUGCGGACUUUUCAUUAUUGGAGGACCACAGAGUGACGCCGGUCUCACCGGCAGAAAGAUCAUCGUGGACACUUACGGAGGGUGGGGAGCGCACGGAGGAGGUGCCUUUUCCGGAAAAGAUUUCACCAAGGUCGACAGAUCCGCUGCGUACGCCGCCAGAUGGGUGGCAAAGUCUCUGGUCAAGGCAGGCCUCUGCAGAAGAUGCUUGGUACAGGUCUCAUACGCCAUUGGCGUGGCCGAACCCCUAUCCAUUUCAGUAUUCGAUUAUGGGACAUCAAAGAAAACACAGAAGGAGCUCCUCGACAUCGUCAAGAACAACUUCGAUCUGAGACCCGGAAAAAUUGUCAAGGAUUUAGAUCUGAGGCAACCCAUCUACCAGAGAACCAGCACCUACGGCCACUUCGGCCGUGAAGGCUUCUCCUGGGAGCAGCCCAAACCCCUCCUUCUGAAUUGAAUCUCAUCCUCCUCGCUUCCCCUCCCCUUUCCUACUUUCCCAUCGUAGCCGUAGUUAGUAAGACAUAAGCAAAAUAUUUGCGAUUGGCGCUCUGAACCUUGAGAACCACGCGACGCCUCUUUCCCCGCUUUGGAACGAGGCGCCGCCUCCCCAGUGACUGUGGAACUACGCCCCGAUUUCCCCGUACAGGCCACAGUGGCGCACACGGCGUUGCUGCAAUUCAGUGUGAGUCGAAACGUUCCGUUUCAAGUUCAAGUAUUUCACUCGCACGUUGUGUUGUGUUUACGAGAAAAUAAUUUGGAAAAGAGCAUUUCUGUAUACACUCCGGACUGUACCGGGAACGGGGCCCACACCCCGAGCGCUGACCGAUCAGUAGAGACGGUCUUUUCUAAUCGAUCAAUCGAGGGAACUCCUUCGUGUCGGGUUAUCCGGCUCGAAAGACCAAAUUUUCACUUACGCUUCUGUCACCGGGACAUUAACCUUUUCGUGUUUCUCUCCUGGUACACUGGUUGUACUUCACUGCUUUUAUAUUGUGAUAAAUCUAUUUUUCGUAUUAGAAGAGCUCCUACCUACUUUUUAGAGUUUGUUGAUAGGGCAUUUCCGAAAAAAGUGAGGAAUAACCAACUUCUAGUGUUACUUUUAUAUAUUUCAACUGGUUAAACUCUUGUAGAAUUUAGACUAUAGUUGAUAACUAAAAUGUUUGUAUUUUAAGGUGACCACAUAAUUUAUUAUGGAAAUAAAAUAUAUUCAGUUUUAGUGGUACAACUUUUAUCUGAAAAGUAGAUGUGAAAUUGGUGUAAUUUCUUUUAUAGUCUGUUUCACUUUUAACGUACUAGAUUAUAUUGUAUUCUUUGCAAUCAAUAUUAUGCUUUUUCUUGUGUAAGUUUGACAAAUAAAGUUAAAAUUUAUAAA